AUGGCUUCAGAUGCUACCUUCAAGGACUUGAAGAAUAGCAUUUCUUUGGCCUUGAUUAAUACCACUCGGACUGCCAGUCAAAUAUCAAACGAGGAUCUCCCGUUCCAUCGUUCCUCCAAACCCUCAAUUGUGCCUUUGCUUGAGCAACGAAACUCAAGACUUCUCGGCCUUGCCCGGAGCCUUAUAAGCUCUGCAGCCUCAGGCACCGCGGUCACCGACCCUUACGUUGUCAAUGCGGACUCCGUCGAAGAUAAUUGGAAGGAAAUUGUAGAUGUGGUCGACAACCUCCUCGAGAAAGCCGACGCUUGUCUUGAUGAAUACACUGGCGUCAUCAGAAGAUUGAGCCCAACUCAAGAAGAGCAAAUAAAGAAAGCUGCACCUGCUCCUGGGAAGCAAAAGCCUGGCAAAGCUUAUCGCACGCAGAACAUUGCAAAACCUCAACUGUUGUUCGAAAAAGUCCCUACCAACGACGAGACAACUCCAUUCAGACCAUUGCUACGCAUGAAGCCUAAUGCCAUCGUCCCACUUGACGAGAGCCUCAAGCUCGUUGUCGCUGAAGAUAGUUUCACGCAGUAUGACCUACAAUUUUAUUUGUCUUCGAAACAUAUUGUAGCACCCUUGAAAGGACUGAUUGACAUGCAGCUUAGGUACAAUCACCCAUACGAAAUCGAGAUCAGAAAUUCUCAGUAUCCUCUUACCACCCGCGUGAAAGUGCACCCAAUACCUUUCUUGCCGUACGAAUGUUCAGAAGCGACGUUGGUUGACACACCCGAGACAUUGCGUUCCAUGCUGGAAGAACUUAAGUUAGCAAAGGAACUUGCCGUCGACCUAGAGCACCAUGAUGAACAUUCCUAUAUAGGUCUAGUAUCGUUGAUGCAAAUCAGCACAAGAGACAAAGACUGGGUAAUUGAUACUUUGAAGCCAUGGCGGGAGAAGCUUCAGGUGCUCAACGAAGUCUUCACAGACCCGAAGAUACUCAAAGUUUUUCACGGUUCCUCAAUGGACAUGAUUUGGCUGCAAAGAGACUUCGGGUUGUACGUUGUUGGCUUAUUCGAUACUUUUCAUGCGUCGCGAUCCUUGGGGUACCCAAAACAUGGGCUGGCCUAUUUGCUGAAACGAUUCGCCAAUUUCGACGCAGCAAAACAAUACCAGAUGGCGGAUUGGCGAAUACGACCACUUCCGGAGGAGAUGUUCAACUAUGCUCGCUCUGACACCCACUUUCUACUCCACGUCUAUGACAACAUGCGCAAUGAGCUCAUCGAUAGGUCGAACACCUCCCAGGAAGUCGGUGACCUUAUUGAGGUUGUUAUGAAUUGCUCGAAAGAAGAAACGCUCCAGCGUUAUGAGCAUCCAAUAUAUGACAUACACCGUGGGUCAGGACCGAUGGGUUGGUACAACAUGCUCUGUCGUACGCCAGCUCUGUUCAACCGGGAGCAAUUCGCAGUAUUUACAGCAGUACACCAAUGGCGAGAUCAAAUUGCCAGAGAGGAAGACGAGAGUGUUCACGUCAUCAUGCCAAAACAUGUUCUUUAUAAUCUUGCCAGAGAGAUGCCUGUCGACAUGCCUACUCUGCUUGGUUGCUCUCAUCCCAUUUCCAAAAGCUUUAAGCACCGCAAAUCAGAAAUACUUGCCGUUAUCAAGAAGGCGAGAAUGUUGGGCCACAAAGGGUCUGAUAUGAAAGAGUUCAUGCACACAAUGCAGGCUAUGACUGCUGACCGCUUCUCCAAAGCAAACGGGUCAGAGCAAGUAUUUCCAGCACUUGCCACUGCAAAGUUGGCGCUCCCGCCUCAGCUACAACGUAAUUUGAGCAGGUUGCCAGCUCAGAGUAGGGAUUCGCAUUUCUGGGGCUCCACCGUUCCGAAUGAUAUGGAUCAAAGAGCAACCGCCCAGGUACCAGGGGAGGGCCUUUGUCUAGCAUUGCCGAUGGCACAACUUACUGCAGAAAUCUUCGAAGAUACAAAUGCAGCCGGCGCAUUUGCUACUGAGCCAUCUAAGACCAGUCCUGGCGCCCGUGCUGAGCAUCAAUACGUGAAGGACAGGAAACCUAAAGCAGAUGAGGUAUUCGUUGUCAAAGAAGCUGGGGAUAGCCGUAAACGCAAGGCAACUGAUUCGUACGAUCCUCCGAAAGCAGCGUAUUCAAGACCCGAAAGCAACGCGGCCAAAAACGCUCAAGAACGCGCUGACGAGGUCGACACGCCUCCCACUAUCGAAAACGAGGGGCAACACGAUCAAAAUUCUAGGGUGUUGGGUGCAACGAAAGAAGAAAAGCGCGCUCGGAGACUUGAGAGUAAGCGGCUGAAGAAAGAGGGGCUUCGAGAGAAAAAAGAUGCCAAGAGUAAGAAGCCUAGAGAUCUAGAGCCAAUCGAUUAUGCAGAUGCUCCAUCGGUUUUACAUGCCCAAAGAGACAGCAAUCGGAUGGUAACAGGCAAGGAAAUCAAUCCUUACACCAAAUCGGGUGAUGCUCCCAAGGGAAUGCGAAAGGCAAAGAAGGAGCAAGAAGGCAAAAGCUUUACGUUCAAAGGUUGA